AUAUGAUUUAUAAUAACAAUAUAAUUAUGUAAUAUUCAUGUCUUUAUGAUCUCUUGAAUUGUGAAUUAGUGGUCACUUAUUGACGGAUCAGAUAAGCCAUUGAAGAUGAGGUUAACAUCGGUUGUGUUGAGAGACUUAACCAAAUAUAUUGAUUUGUACUCUCGUUUCAAUCCAUCGCCGCUUUCUAUCAAACAAUUCAUUGAUUUCGGUAGGAAAGCGUGCGAGAAGACUUCAUUCAUAUUUUUGCGUAAAGAGCUACCGGUGCGAUUGGCUAAUAUAAUGCAAGAAUUGAAUUUAUUGCCCGAGAAUUUGCUACGAAUGCCAUCCAUAGAGUUAGUGCAGAGUUGGUAUAAACGGAGUUUCGAUGAGAUCCUGGACUUUGAGAAAUCGGACGCAACUCUGAAGAGAACUCACGAAAACUUUUGCGAAACACUGAUUAAGAUAAGGAACAGACACUCGAAUGUGGUCCAGACUAUGGCUCAGGGAGUGAUUGAACUGAAGGAAACGCAUCAAUUGGAUCAACAGACGGAGCACUCAAUCCAGUACUUCCUGAACCGGUUCUAUAUGUCGCGUAUAUCGAUCCGGAUGCUCAUCAACCAACACGCGGCCCUCUUUGGCUCACAGGCCGAUCAGGCCCUCAAUAACCCUCGUCAUAUCGGCUGCAUUGACCCCAAUUGUGAUGUCAAGUCUGUUAUAUACGAUGCCUAUGAAAAUGCGAAAUUCCUUUGCGAUCAAUACUACAUGACAUCUCCAGACCUAACCAUUGAUCAGUUUCACAUCGAAAACUCUUCAGCGCCCGUAUCUCUGGUUUACGUGCCCUCACAUCUCUAUCAUAUGUUGUUUGAGUUGUUUAAGAACUCUAUGCGAGCGGUUGUGGAACACCACAGAAAUGACGAUAAUUUGCCUCCAAUUUUGGUCACUCUUGUGAUGGGGAGAGAGGAUCUCACUCUUAAAAUAAGCGAUAGGGGCGGAGGUAUCCCUCGAUCACUAAGUCAUCUACUGUUUCAUUACAUGUAUUCGACGGCACCCCAGCCCUCCGUGUCAGGGAUCAACUCAGCGCCGUUAGCCGGUUAUGGCUACGGUCUGCCUCUGUCUCGUCUGUACGCGCGUUACCUUCAGGGAGAUCUGGUCAUCACGUCUCUCGAGGGCUACGGAACUGAUGCCAUCAUAUAUCUGAAAGUGCUUUCCAGUGAAGCCAACGAACUGUUGCCCGUGUUUAACAAGACAUCGAGCAAACACUAUCGCUCGGCUCUGGGCACUCAUGACUGGAGUUCCGGUGCCCUCCACCAUAUAAUACAACAGUCCGACGCAUACAUGACUUCAUCACAACAACCUAUAGGUCUCCGACAUUAUAGUAAAACCACCACUCCUUCGGUGACAUAACAUUCGGCGUUAAGUAAUAAAUAU